GCGGCUGACGUAAUCUUGUUGUUGCGGAAGUACCGGAGUCCCCCGUGCCGUUCGUCGAUUUUGUUCAUAAGACACUCGUUGUCAUAGUGCACGCAGCCGAUACUAAGUAAUAGUUUUCCGUUUUUGUUCCGAAUUUCCCAUCUUAAAACGCUUAUCCAAUGGCAGCCCUUAAGUACGCCGGUAUGGACGAUACUGACAGUGACGACGAGUUACCCCCUGGGUGGGAGGAAAGAUCCACCAAAGAUGGAUGGGUCUACUAUGCCAACCAUGAUGAGAUGAGGACACAAUGGGAACACCCUAAGACUGGAAAGAAGAAACGUUGUGCUGGAGAUUUGCCCUACGGCUGGGAGCAAAACACCAAUAAACAGGGUCAAAUAGUUUACGUUGAUCACAUCAACAAGCGGAGUACUUAUUUUGACCCCCGGCAAGUGUUUACUGUGGAGGACGUGAUGGUGAAGCCGAAGCGCUAUGACGGUAACUCGGCGGCUCUGGAGAUCCUUCAAGGUCGGGAUUUCUCUGACAAGGUGGUCCUGAUUACUGGCGGCAACUCUGGGAUUGGCUUUGAGACGGCCAGGUCUUUUGCUCUGCACGGUGCCCGCGUCAUCCUGGCUUGCCGAAACCUGUCCCGGGCCAGCAAGGCCGUCAGCAUGAUACAGGACGAUUGGCACAAAGCCCGAGUGGAACCCAUGAUGUGCGACCUGGGUUCUUUCCGCAGUGUGAGGGAGUUUGUGGACACCUUCAAAGCCAAGAAGCUGCCCUUGCACAUUUUGGUGUGCAAUGCGGCGGUGUGCACUCAGCCAUGGAGUUUGACGGAGGACGGCCUGGAGUCCACCUUCCAGAUCUGCCAUCUGGGUCACUUCCUGCUGGUCCAGUGCCUGCAGGACGUGCUGCGUCGCUCGGCGCCCGCCCGUGUGGUGGUGGUGUCAUCCGAGUCUCACAGAUUCACAGACUUGUUAGACUCGUGCGGUAAAGUGGAUCUGGCGCGCUUGUCGCCUCCGCGGAAGGAGUACUGGUCCAUGCUGGCCUACAACCGGGCCAAGCUGUGCAACAUCCUGUUCAGCAACGAGCUCCACCGCCGCCUCUCCCCUCACGGGGUGUCGUCCAACGCGCUGCACCCUGGGAAUGCGAUGUACACGGCCAUUCACAGGAGCUGGUGGCUGAUGACCUUCCUCUUCACCCUGGCCAGGCCCUUCACCAAGUCCUUGAACUGUUGUGGUUCAGCAAGAUUCCUGGGAUGUCUGGUGUGAAUAGUGUGAAUUGAGGUCAAGCCACAGCAUCUGAAUCGCCUAGAGGUCAGUAUUAUAUAUAUAAUUAUCUAUAAAGCUGGAAAAGGUUCCCAACGUAUCUCUAAAAGUCUUGUUCAUCAGUCCACGGUUAGACAAAUUUUCCAUAAAUGGAGAAACUUCAGCACUGUUGCUUCUCUUCCAAGGAGUGGCCAUCCUAUAAAGAUGACUGCAAGAGGACAGCACAGAAUGCUCAAUGAGGUAAAAAAGAACCCUACAGUGUCAACUGAAGAAAUCAGUGGUACAUGCCAACAUCUCUGUUGACAAAACUAUCAUACGUAAAACAUUAAACAAGAAUGCCGUUCGUGGGAGAACAUCAAGGGGGAAGCCGUUGCUGUGUAAAAAAACAUUGUUGCAUGUUUGAAGUUUGCUAAAGAGCUCUUGGAUGUUCCACAGCCCUACUGGAAAAUAUUCUGUGAACAGAUGAAAGCAAAGUUGAAUUGUUUGGGAGGAACACACAACGCCAUGUGUGGAGGGAAAAUGGCACAGCACACCAACAUCAAAAGCUUAUCCCAACUGUGAAGCAUGGUGGAGGGAGCAUCAUGGUAUGGGCGUGCUUAUCUACCUCAGGGCCUGGGCAGCUUGCCAUCAUCAAUGAAAAAAUGAAAUCAAUGAAAGUUUCUUAAGAUAUUUUGCAGAUGAACUCGGAGGCCAUCUGUCUAACAGUUGAAGCUCAAACGAGGAUGGGUGUUGCAACAGGACAAUGAUCCAAAACAGAAAAGCAAAUCAACAACAGAAUGGCUUCAGUAGAAGAAAAUGCGUGUUCUGGAGUGGCCCAGUCAAAGUCCUGACCUCAAUGCGAUUGAGAUGCUGUGGCAUGACCGCAAGAGACCUAUUCACGCCAGACAUCCCACGAAUCUUGCUAAACAGCAACAGUUUUGUGAAGAGGAAUGGUCCAAAGGUCAUCCUGAUGGUUGCACAUGUCUAAUCUCCAACUACAGGAAAUGUUUGUUUGAGGUUAUUGCGGGCAAAGGGUCAAGGGUCAACCAGUUACUAAAUUUGAGGGUUCACUUACUUUUUCCUCCCUGUCCUGUGAAUGUUUAUUUUCAAUAAAAAUAUGAAAAUAUAUAAUUGUUUGUGUUUUAUUACUUUAAGCGUCUGUUUGUUUAUUCUUGUGAUUUAGAUGAUCAGACCCCAUUCUAUAACCAAUUUAUGCAGAAAUUUAAGGGUUCGCAUACUUUUUCCUCCCUCUGUAUGAAAUGUAAAUCUUCACCUAUGAACAAAUACCAGAAACUUUUUCCAUCACUGUGCUGACAAUUAGCUCCGAACUGAUUAAAUCAAAGCUAAUUCAAUCUUAAAUUGGCGCCUCAGUUCCACUUGACUCCUCAGUACAAACUCUCAUUAAUUCUUUGCCAUGAUAUUAGUCGGCGCCGUUAACACUAUCAUUUAAUCAUCUCUUGAAGGUAAUCAUCAGCCGUAUAUCAGGACAGGUGAUCAAGGAAACAUUUAAUUAGGAUAAUUACUCAUUAAUCCACUGAAGGGCCUCCCCCCUCGCUUUUUAUUCGCACUGUUUGUGUGAAGACGAGUGUCUGUCCGCGGGUGCGUGGCUUUACGUGAAUGCGUGUGCGUGUUGUGUUUGCGCACACGACCUCAUCCUGGUAAUAUUCGUCACUGUCUGAUUUAGUGUAGCGAGGUUGCAGUAGCAGGCUGCGAUCCCGCUGCAUUUGUCUCCAUUUCUUAAUGGUAUUUCAACAGCUCCUAGACCAGCGGCCGUUUCUCAUUUUAAUGACCGGAGAAAAGAAUGUCUGUAUCUUCUCUAUGUAGCUGUGUGUGUGUGUGUGUGUGUGUGUGUGUGUGUGUGUGUGUGUGUGUGUGUGUGUGUGUGUGCGCGUGUGCGUGUGUGUGUGAGUGUGAGUACACACCGUCCCGUCGCCGUAAGAUGCAAAGAUGGAUGGUUCGGAGGGCCUACCUGAGCUUGUGUUUUGUAAAUUCAAAAGCACAUUAAUGAUGUUUCCAUGAUUGAUGUUGUAUGUCUGGUGGCCACUGAAGUGACAACUGUUCUACUGGUUGAUGGUUGUCUCUUUGAACACACACACAUACACACAGACACGGUCCGCACAAUAUGUGACAAUGACGAGGGGCUUUCACUCAAUCUGAAUGCGAGUCGAGAGGGACGAGAGUGGAAAAGAAGGUAUUGCUCUCCAUCUUUUGCUCCCUUUCUGCAUCUUCCCCACUUUUGACCUCGUGAUUCCACGCACGGACUGUUCAAGCCAGGGCUUCUCAAAACUUAAAACUUCUCAAACCUUCAUCUUUCCAAACUCUUUCUCAAAGGUCUUCAUAGAGCCAUGAGUGUCGCAAUCAAUAAAACGAACUGACUAAGUAGGCGGAAAUUAAUCUGCACUCCCCUACCUUCGGGGCUGACCAGUUCCUUCUGCACUGAAGCAUGACAGCGAUCCAUUUUUGAAACAAAACAGUCUACACCUAUUUUCACUCUUUUAGCUAUGGCUAAAAAAAAAAAAAAAAAAAAAAACAACAUCCCAGACUUUGAAUCUUGAGGCGACAUAACGGCACACGGCUCCCGCAGAGUGAGGGAAGAGGUGGAGUUUUACAACGUUUGUCAGAGAGUUGAGCGUUCAAGAGCGUUGACACUUUAAAUUGGUUUAUGAUGCAUAAAAAAUAACCGACGACGUAGGGACGGACCAAUAGGAUGGAUUCUUGAAACUCAUCAAUUCUUGGCAUUUGGCUCGGGGUUCUUUAUGGCCAUUAUUGGUGUCGGAACUGUGGGCUGGGGAGCGGUGUGUGUGGGGGUGGCCCCGUUGACUUGGUACUCAUUGGUUGGUGUUUCGGCUGGGGGUUGGAUGUAGCGUUGUUGAGGUGGUUAUUUGGGGCUGUUUUAUCAUGUCGGGUGGUUUGUAUGUGCGGAUUUUGGCGAGGCUUCCUGUUUUGGGCUUGUGGCCUUUUGUUUUGUGGGUUGGGCGCCGGGACUCUGCAUUUUGGUGCGGGGGGUGGCUUCGCACAGGCAUUGGUGAUUUUUAAUUUUAUUUAUUUAUUUUUAAUGUAUUUAUUUAGGCGGCACGGUGGACGACUGGUUAGAUCGUCUGCCUCACAGUUCUGAGGACCGGGGUUAAAUCCCCGGCCCCGCCUGUGUGGAGUUUGCAUGUUCUCCCCGUGCCUGCGUGGGUUUUCUCCGGGCACUCCGGUUUCCUCCCACAUCCCAAAAACAUGCGUGGUAGGUUAAUUGACAACUCUAAAUUGCCCGUAGGUGUGAAUGUGAAUGUGAAUGGUUGUUUGUUUGUAUGUGCCCUGCGAUUGGUUGGCAAUCAGUUCAGGGUGUACCCCGCCUCCUGCCGGGUGGGUGGUCGGUGGCGUCCUCUUGGUUGGGUCUAAACUAUAGACUUUAAUUACUUGUGCUUUGAUUACUAAUAACAACACAGGUUAUACUAACAUAUCAACUUACAGGUUCUUACAGGCGUAUAGACACUAAAAAGGAAUCCCACCGCGCCACUCGCCAGUAACACUGCCUUGCUCAAUUUCCCACAUCCUGUCCUGUCCUUCUCUGUCCUCUCUUAUUGGUUCUCUUGGUUAGUUAUUGCUUGUCUUCACCGGGUGCCCCCACCCGCCCCCCAACCCCUACAAUUAACUGUUGUAAUGUUACUUAUGUUCAAAUAUCAGGACUGUCUCACUAUUGUUUUGCUGUGGUUUUCACCCCUAGUCCCCUUGUCCACUCUGUCUCUCUGUCUGUUCCCCCCAAAACCCUUUUCUGUCCGGCUGCAUUUUCAAUAAACAUAAGAAUAAUUAAAAAUUUUAAAAUAAACAGAGAGAGUAUUUCAAACUCCUCUGUUGUACAGCAAAGCUGUUCCAGCACAAGGCAUACAGAUCCACCAUUCUGCAAGGCCAUGCAGCAGAACAGGCAGGUUUUAUAUAUAUAUAUAUAUUUAAAAAAAAAGGAAAUUCAAGGUUUAUGCCUGAUAACCACGGUUUAAACAUAAUGACCGCAUGUAACCCAAAAUUAGAUUUAAAAAGUUGACUUUUUUUUGAAAAAAGAUGUAAUGUUAUGAAAACAAAUAAUUUUCUUUCUGAGGAAAAAAAUUCUACCGAUGAAAGUAAAUUAUGUAGUAUGAGAGUAAAGUAGAAAAAGUUUUACAAGAAUGAAGACAUAUUUUGUUGAGAUGAUAAGUCAUAAUCGUAUGAUAAUAAAGUAAUAUUUUAUUGAGAUACACAGUCAUCGUAUUAUUAAUAUAUUAAAGUUUAAUGAAAGAAAAUUCUAUCUUAAGUGAAUUUCAACUUUAUUUUUGUAAUUUUAUUUCUAUAUUAGGGACUAUAUUCUCUACAAAAUACACCUUUUGUUCUAAAAAAAAAGAAUUUUAUUCCUGUAUUAAUACGACUUUUGUUGGAGAAAACAAAAGCCAAAAACGACUUUAUUCAUGUUCGGAUGUCUGAUUUGUGUGAUGUCACAAUCAUAUCGGAGCUUUUAUUUGGUCCAAAGCUAACGUAGGGAGUUGAUUUAUUUUGUUUGUUUUAUUGGCACUCAUGUCCCAAUAUGUAGGCAUGCACUUUUUGUUUUGAAACAACACAAGAUGAUAUUUGUGGACCUCAAUUUGAGAACGGCUGAUUUCAACAAUUCCUCUUGUCACCUCCUACUCUCUCGCUCUUUUUCUUUUCUUUUUCCCCCCGCACCUCCCCUCCUGGAAUGCUUCAUGUUUGACUAUUAGCUGACAUGCACACAGGGAGCAUCGCUCAUCUUCCCAAUUUCUCCUCCUCCUCUUCCUCUGCCUCGCUGUCCCCCCCUUCCCUCGCUCUCGCGUCUUUCUCCUGCCCCAUGUAUAACUAUUAGCAGACAUGCUCUCAGGGAGUCUGAUGAAUAUUUUAGCAGCCGCAGGGAGGGGCUGCGAUGCUCCUCUGCAGCUUCCAGCACAGUUAAUGGAGAGUCCGUGUGUGUGUGUUUUUUUGUGUUUGUGUUUGUUGGCCUCGUGCACUCAACCUUAGCAAGCAUUGUCUGCCUUUAGACCCCAAUUUUUUGGGGGGAUUGUUGGGGAAAUUUUGAAUUAACAGCUGAUUUUCCUUAAGUGUGGGUGAAAAUGAAAUCAUUUUCACAUCCAAACUUUGGUAUAGCUGAUGAAAUUAUUUUGGAGGGCCCCUGUCUUAACUUCUAACAAAGCCGCAGUGUGUGUUGUAUGUUGUUGUAUGUGUGCAUUUGGACGGACUGUGAUGCCACAAUUCGACUCAUUUACAUAAUACCGCACCUCACAGCGAAAUCCUCACGCCAUGACUUGGCAGCAAGGCUGGGUGAAGAUACUGUUUGAUCACAUCAAAGCCAAAAUUCAAGCAGACUUGCAUCGGUCGUUGUAUAGUACGAUAACUUGCAACGUGAAAAUUGGCUGCCAUCUUUGUGGAAUUUUCUAAAAAAAAUACAAAAACAAAAAACAUGGACUAAAGAUUUCAAAGCCCUCUAAAAUCCUUCAUAACAAAUACAUUCAGGAAAAACUAUUCAUGACUAAAGUACAUGAUCUCUUCUACUGCUCAGACUGCUGUUCUCACCAAUAAUGUUCCAUUCUUUGUAAGUUGAAUUUUUAGGGCAAGUGACGCCGUUUGAAACGUGACGGUAAUUUUGGCGCGUCGACUUGGGAAAGCCGUCAGAAUUUCGGCCCGUACGAGCCUAUUGGUGGACAGUUUGGACUGAAAUUUUUCAGCCAAUCAGAGAAGGGCUUCCGUGAGUAGCAGACGAAACGAAAGGGUCGAGGAAACGUUGAGAAUUCAUCAAGUGAUAUUGUUUUACUCCAAUUUAAAGACUUUUUCUGACCAGCUUUUCUAUCGGAGAUAUCACACAAAAACAUUCCCCGAAAAGGCCUUUUUUUUUUUUUUUUUUUUUUUCCCCCAACAGGAAAUUUCUCAGGAACCUGUCAUCCGAUUAUCAAAAUUCUUUGUGGGAUGUACUCAGGUCGAAGUGGCCGUUCCAACCAGACUCACCAUUUGGAGAGACGGUCGUUUCGUGCAAAUCUUGUCACAUUGCCACUAUAACCCUAAACCUGCUUUUGCCAAGUGGAGGCUUCUGAUUGGUGGAUUGAAAGCUUCUAAGGAAGUUUUUUCCUUUAUAAAAACUGUUGACUACCUGACAAAGGCUUGGGCCGAAACACGUUUUAAAAAACUAUAUUUUAAAGAUGUUUUUAUUUAUUGAUUUAUUUUUUUAAGAUGACAAAGUAUUGAAAAUAAAGGCUUUUUAAUUGUUCCAAAGAGGGUGCCUUUGAGUUUCCUGAGUUUGUUUUAUUUAUUUUAUACACAGAUUAGUAUUGCUUGGUAAAGUUGUCGAUGCCAUGUGUUUGUCGCAUGCGCCACAUGCACAGAUCUGUACCCAAAUUGCCAAGCGUAUGAAGUGUAUUGUGAAGUAGCUGAAGUGACAGUCUUAACAAUACUCCCCCCAAUGUAGAAUUAUAUAAUUAAUAAUAUAUUAUUAUAUAAAAACAUUACAGAAAAUAUAAAUGGCAAAUCUGUCCCAUUUUCAAAAUGUGGCCCUUGAGGCCACUUUGCAUGUAAAAGAUGCUUAAAAGUUCCGUCAAAGCUUCCGUGUUCCCUUUCUCCCUUCACACCUGUCUUGCCUCCGUGUGGUACAGUGCACAAAGUAUCUGUACAGUAUGGUGUACAGUUUGCCUGUGUGUGUGCUAAUCUUUAGAUGAGGGUCUGGUGCUUAAAUCAUGAUGCAUAGUCCAGGGCUGCUCUGGCCACUGUCAUUAAUCAGUACAGGGGCGGGGGGGACGUAUCUGCUUUUUAUCCAUCUCUUAAAUCAGUCACCGCAGCUAUCGGCAGCCCUUCCUCCUUGGCCCCUCCCGCCUCCGCCACCAUCCCACUUUCACUUGCAACCCUCCCCACCCUGCUACACCCCCCGCCCACCCCCACGGGCCGCUGAUUGAAGUGGCAUUGUUUGGGAGACAAGCGGCGCUCAAUCAAUAGGCAGUCUCACUAAAUUACCGUUUGCAUGAAAAAUGAAGGGCCGCCCAAUCUAACUCCUUUCGGUUGGGGAUGUGCUCUGCCUCUGUGUGUGUUUGUCAGGGGACCGAGAAGACAAAGUAGGAAGGUAAGAGAAUGUGCUUCUCCUCGCGGUCUAUUAUGACACUACCAAGAGCUUUACUACGAACCCCCUGCUACAGUAUAUCACGUUCACGCCCCCCGCUAUAUCACAAAUUUUUAGGUUAUGUCCAGGAGUUCAAAUGUUCCGUGUCAAGGUACACAUUUAAAAAAAAAAGA